CCAUGGAUAUCCUUAGCGAAUUAAAUUCCGUCCAUAGUUAUAUACAUCUUUAUGGUUGCGUCCAAUAUUUCCAUCACCCUAGAAUCCAUUGCAGAGAAAGCCUCCACCAUGACAGACCACCUUCAAGUUCAACAACAAGCAUUGGAGCUACCUCCGGGGUUUAGGUUCCACCCGACGGAUGAGGAGAUCAUCAAAUUCUAUGUGGUCCCCAAGGUGCUCGAUGAAGCCUUCGUUGCCGCCGCGAUUGAGGUUGUGAACCUCAACAAGUACGAGCCAUGGGAGCUACCAGAGAAGGCGAAGAUGGGGGAGAAUGAGUGGUACUUUUACUCCCGAAAGGAUCGCAAGUACCCCACCGGGAUACGAACUAACCGGGCGACGGAUGUCGGCUAUUGGAAGGCCACGGGAAAGGACAAGGAGAUCUUCGACCCACCGCUCACGCUCAUCGGCAUGAAGAAGACGCUCGUCUUCUACAAAGGUCGGGCGCCUAGGGGGGAGAAGACCAACUGGGUCAUGCAUGAGUAUAGGAUCGAGAGCAGCAAGCAGUUGAUAUCCAACUCGACCACCGCUACCUCCAGAAUCAGCACCACCAAGGCAGCUUCCAAGGAACAGUGGGUGGUUUGUAGGAUCUUCCAUAAGAGCACCGGACUAAAGAAGAUGGUGAUGCCAUCAUAUGACAUGCCAAUGUCCAUGGCAGCAGAACAUCAGCACGACUUUGUCGGCUUAGAUACAUUGCCUCCUCUCAUGGACUAUGAUAUGUCGUCAACGUUGGCACAUCCACCGCUGUUUCCUGGAGCUACUUCGUACCAGUUGCACAAUGUCGAGUCCGGUUCAUCGAUGAUGGGCAGUGUGGCGCUUCCUAUGAUGAAUGACCACUACUAUGGGAACCACCACCACCAAGUGAUGGCCGCCCCAACGCUCCCGUUGUCGCUCUACCAGCACCAACAACAACAUCAACAGAUGAUGAUUCAUAUGGGUGCAGAUCAGGGUUUCAUGGUCGGGGCUGAGCCUGGGAGUGGGAUGUCGUCGAUGCUGUCACAAGAGGACGCCGUGGCCGGGCUAAGGAACAACUACCCGGGGAACACCACUGCAACAGCAGUUGGCGAGACCUCGUGGAUGAACAUGGGUAUGGAUGACAUUUGGCAGAACUGAUGAUCAGAUAACCCAAGACAACAUAUAUAUGUGUGUGCAUCCAUAAAUUAAUCAUCCAUCAGACGGUCGGUCGAGCCAUAUAUUGAUUUGUGCUACAAUUUAUUUGUUAGUGUGACCUUGAGAGAGUUUGUAAUCAUCGCAUGGCUUGGCAUGCCUCUCUUGUGCUAGUUUUUCAAUUGUGUGUAUGUGUAUUGGCUUGUAUAUGCACUACCCACCGGGGUAUACCUAGCUACAUAUGCAUGUGAUGUAAAUACAAGCAGGUGUGCAUCUUUUAAACCCAUAUGGAAUAAACUAUUUUGUUUAAUUAA